GCUGCUGCUGCUGCUGCUGCUGGUGUGUCUCUCUGGCUAUGGUCUCUGCACUGUUUGUGCUGCAGCUCAGCCAGGACACCAGCAGCUCCCCUGACCGGCUGAUAACCUAAAACGCAACACAGAUUUUCUCCUUUGAAAAGUAUCUACCACUAACUCCAACGGUGUAGGAGCGCAUUACGUGUCCCGACGAGCCCCGUCAUCCCUCCGCUCCAUGGCCAUCGUCGCCCCCCACCCUCUCCCCCGGGUGGUAACCUUCAAAGAGUCUGCGCAGCACGAUGGAUGACCAGCUGGGUGAUGGAGAUGGACAGAAUCAAAGGACAUGCUCCCUUCAUUGUGACUAGAUGAAGGGACAUCUACCUUCUUGCAGCAGUGAGGGGACACACACUGCAGCAUUUUGACGUUCUUCAGAGUGAAUUGAUGCACCUAAAAGAAAACAAAUUCUAGUACUUUGGAAAUCCCUUUGAAGAGGAAAUACUGAUCAGUUUGGGUACCAUACUCUCUCAGCAAAGAGCUCAUAUGCUGACUGCUUGUCCCUGCUUGUUAUGAGUUGUCCAUCCUCAAUCAAUGAGCCAGAGAGCUGCAGCAGUGAGCGAAGCAGCUGCACCACUUCCUCCAUUACUACCUCUGACCCAUCCUCUAUGUCUGGACACACUCACGCCACCCUACCUUCCCUCAGUGAUACCUCUGACACCUCCAAGCAUGCUCCUCCGCCUCCUCCCCUGCCACCCCCACCGCCUGGGGCACCCCCGCCCCCUCCACCCCCGGCGUCCACCAACCACAACGCAAGGAAAAAGCGCCGCGUCCGCAGCUUCUUCUGGAAGCCGAUACCGGAGGAGAAGGUGCGCGGGAAGCCCAACAUCUGGACAAUGGCGGUGCGGCAGCAGCAGUACCAGAUCGAUGUUCGCUCUGUGGAGGAGCUGUUUGGGCAGCAGGAGGAGGCAGUGACAGGCAUACGUGGGGCGACACCAGACACUGGAACCUCAACACGUGUCUCCCGGUCCCGCUCCUUCAAGGAGAGCAGCAAGGAUGAGAUCAGCAUCCUUGACUCCAAGAGGGGGAUGAAUGUGGGCAUUUUCUUGAAGCAGUUCAAGAAGUCCAACCGCUCCAUUGUUGAAGACAUACGACAAGGAGAAGGAAAGAUUUAUGGAGCAGAGCUGCUCAAAGACUUGCUGAAGCUCCUGCCUGACGCAGAGGAGAUCAAGAAAUUUAAGGCUUUUAAAGGAGACCCAGACAAGCUGACACUGGUCGAUUCCUUUAUGUACCUCUUGAUCCAGGUGCCUUGGUUUGAGGUUCGGAUCGAGACCAUGGUCCUCCACGAAGAGUUCUUCCCUUCCUGUGCUGUAAUGAGCCACGAGAUCGAUGUCGUCCGCGUCGCCACUAAAGAGCUGAUGAACUGCGAGGAGCUUCAUGCCAUUCUGCAUCUGGUGCUACAGGCCGGAAACAUCAUGAACGCUGGUGGGUACGCAGGCAACGCUGUUGGGUUCAAGCUGUCAUCCCUCCUCUCACUGGCUGACACCAAGGCCAACAAGCCAGGGAUGAACUUGCUGCACUUUGUCGCCAUGGAGGCAAAGAAAAAAGACGAGAAGCUACUCAGGUUUCCAGAGAAACUUCAUAAUCUCCAGAGCGCAUCCAGAAUCUCAGUGGAAAACAUCGAGUUGGAGUAUUCCUCUUUAUAUGUACGGAUUAAAUCCCUGGAGGAGAAGGUUCAAGGAGACCAAGAGCUACUGCAGCAGCUGGAGCCCUUUCUGCAGAGUUCAGCAGAGAAGCUUCAGGACCUGAAGAGGCGCAGGCUGGAUCUGCGUAAAGAGGGGAACGCUCUGAUCGAUUUCUUGUGUGAAGACAAGGACACCUUUAAGCUGGACGAGUGCUUCCGCAUCUUUCAAGACUUCUGCAUCAAGUUCAAGAAAGCUGUCAAGGACAACGUGGACCGUGAGUUGAAGGAAGCUGCCAGACAGCGUCGUCUGAGGGAGUUGGAGGAAAAGCGUUUUGCUUGGUCGGGUACAGAUAAGAGUGGUGUAUUUGGUCGGAGCAGCAGCGAGAACGAUGUAGAGAUGCUCACUAAAGAAGGCCUGCUGGACUUUUUCCAGCAGAGGGCUCAGAGUCCACACAGCCCGCUGGGACGCUCAGCCAGCGCCCGCCGCCAUCGCCACACCAUGACCUCCAUAGCAGACCGAGAACUCCAAGGAUACCUGGAGCUAUUUGGGGGCACUGGGGAUCCCGCUGACUAUUCUAAGUUUAACAGCCUACCUCGGUCGGGCCGCGCUUUGCAGCGCAGGACAACCCCCUGGAUCUUAGCCCAGGAUGACAACCGUGAGCUGGGCUGCGACAGACAGGUAACGUCUCCACAUGCAGAAACUGAGCCUGUGAGUCCGCUGGCCAGGUUUUCCUCCUCUGGCUUAAAUGAUAAAGACCCCUACAACAACAAUAAUUACUCAUCUGUGUCAGAAGGCAGCGUUCUGCCUCGGUCCUUGUGUGUCUUUAAGAAGCCCUUCCAUCUUCCCGACCCAACAGUUAGCGGCCACUUGAAUGUUUGUGUUGAGACGCACACUUUAGUUAGAGGUCCUCAAGCUUUUGACCUACCUAGUCCAAAUAAUAACAGUAAUCAUAUGCACUUUGUCAACAAGGGGGAUGUUGUGGUGACAGAUUUGGAAAAGGAGAGACAGUCACCUCCCUUAAGUCUGGACUUCCUCCUGGAUGAUAACGUUUUUGAAAGAGGAGCAGAUCCCAAGGCAGCCUGGGAAGGGAAAAUAGAUCCUCUCCCACAGGUUCGGGUCUCUCCUGAGAGAGAGAAAGAAGAGGAGGACAACAGUACAUUUUCAUCAACAACCUGUGAUACACCCCUCCCACUAGAUACCUCUGUAUCCAAUAAGAAACCAGUGUUUUAUAUACUUGACUGCACAGAAACAGACUGCUCUGUCACUUUGGAUUACUCAGAGGUUGAAAGCUCGUCUCUAACGAAGGAGGGACUUUAUUUCACAGCUGACUGUAGCAAAGAUCAGGAGAGCCAACAAGAUCCAAGCUCUCUAUCCUCUAAUUUGGAGUCUCCCAACGACCAGUCUGUUUCAACCAAUGAGCUUUCAGCGACAAAAUCUAUGGACACAGCCUCCAUGACUCCGUCUGCUUCCAAAGAAGAGUGGGACACGGACAGCUGUGACACCGCUGAGGGAAAACAAGGUGUAAAAGAUGCACCGAGAAGCAGUAAAAAAACUGUGCAUACAAAGGGCAAAGCUAACAAAGCGACUAAGUGCAUUGGAGGUCGCGGUGUGCGAAUGCUGACCAGCAACGAGAGCCAGGGUAUGCGGAAGGUUGUGCCCAUUAGCAAGCUUACAAGGACAGGUAGCAACAAGAGAGCAGAGAGACCUUUGGCGCAUGACAGUGGAGAAUCACGCCGGCCUCAUCGUGACCAGAGCACCCCAGCGAGAGGAAGGAGUGAGAAGACCGCAAAACCUCCUCGUCACUCCAGUCUGCCUCCUGAUGAGGCAAAAGCUUCAAGGGGUGGUAGCCUCACAGGUGGCUUUUCGAGAUGGGCACGCGAUUCAACACCCAGAAAGGCUUCCAUCCACAAGCCGAGCGCCAAACCCCUAAGGAACAUCCCCAAGCCAGUUCCUGAGGAGAAGAUGUGCCGCUCCACCAUGAGAGCCCUGGCACAGGCCCAAGCUCAGGCUCAGGCUGGAGCUUGCUCUGAGAACAGCAGCUCUCACACACUGAGCACAAAAAACACCUCAGAUGUCCCCAACUUUGCCCGCAACACCGUAGCUUCAUGUUCCAGGACCAAGAAGGAGCUGGUACCCCCAUCCAUCCCCUCAGUCCCUUCCGUCCCCACCACCCCGUCUCGCAGCCCCUCUCUUGUAAGUCGACGUACCUCGGUGAAGCAGAAUAGGUUGCCACCCACAGUUCACGCUAACGAGGAGCGGCCCAAGGGGACAAACCUGCGACGAGUGCAAAGUGUGAAAGCGGCCAGUCGCAGCGCCUACCGCAGCGAGACUCCCACACUGCCUACGAAGCAUGAAGAUAUCCGUAAGACUGGUAGCUUUUCUGAAAAGUCUGUCCAGUCUAGAGACUCUGUGACGACAAGCAGAAGUGCUAAACCAACCUGGAAAUAAAUAUAAACAUAGCUAGUGUAGAAAGAGAGACUUUCUCCCUCAGUUUGAUGUAAAUUGAUAUUCACUCUUCUUUUCCAUCUACAGUGCAGAUGUAUCCUCUCAUAUCAUGCAAAAGACUGGAGUAAGAAAAAAUUUCAGCUAUUUCACCUUAUAGGGUUCCUCCAAUAGCUGACUCUGUAUCAGGUUUAUGAAUUGCAAAGUGCAAGAUGCAAUGAACUGGUUUCACGUGUUCCUAUUUUGAUCGUACAAAAAAGCUAUUGUUUUCGCAACUUCCUUUUUAUCAAAGGGGGGUAUAAACUAAAAUGACAAAUGGCAAAUUGC